UUAGCCCCUCCUUAAACAUUUGCUGUCGCCAUGGAGACUUGUCGGAAACUCGUCAUUCAGGCUGGCAACGGAAGUGACGCACUCGAUUUGAAUCGGGAAACCCGGGGAGUGUCGAUAACUUUCAUACUCAGUUUUAUACUGACUGUAUGUGGUGAGCAUGGAACAGAAAGUGUCAGAAGAGCCCCCAAGGAGAACACGCGGCACAAACCUUGCACAACACCGACGCUGCUCACAGGAUGGGCGUGUGGUGUCUGUGGUUUUCCCAGGACUAGUGACCCGGGACAGUUGCUGUCUUUUCACCUGUGAGCUGCUCAAGCAUAUUCUGCAUCAGAGACAUCAACUGCCGCUGCCCUAUGAGCAGCUUGUAUCGUUCAGUAGGAAACAGCAGGUCAGUGAGGAUGCAGGAAGGAGACACCCCAAGGCAGAGGAUUUAGAUGCCCGGCGCUGCCAGCGUACCAUCUCAGAGCUAGAGGAGCUCUUGCAUGAGCUGGAAAUACUUUUUACUCUUACACAAGUUCCUCGGGUGCUGCUUCUUUUGGGGGGAAACCCACUGAACCCCAAAGAGCUGUAUGAGAUAAAUAUGGAGGGUGUGCAGGUGGGCAAUGGCGAUCAGAGCCUGCGCACUCGCCCUUGCCUACGUCAGUUGUUCCACUCAAUCUUUGUAGCAGACCCAUUUAGUGACCUGCAGUCCUCUCCCCUCAUGUGCUUGGUGCUGAUGGUGCAGGCGCACAGAGACUGUGGCACAAACUGGUUCCGACCCAAACUAAACUAUAAGGUGCCAAGUAGGGGCCACACAUUAGCAGUAAAACUCUCCUGUGGUGAGGCUGAGACAGUUGACCAGAAGAAAGAUGACUAUAUUUGGUUCCAGGCCCCCAUAACUAUCAAAGGAUUUCAGAAUUGAACCUUUAAAACUCUCCAUAUCUGACCCCGGGGUAACGUGCGUUUUCCCUAAAAUGCCACUUACGUAGCAAAAGUAUAAUUUAUCUGAUGGAGACAUAACAGAGCUGAUCCCCCAGUUGGUCUCUGCCAGCGAUUUAUCCUAUCGCUGAAUACAGGAACAGCUGCCAAGGAGGUGCAGACGGCAGACAAAAACACUAUGGUCUUCUAUGGGAAAUCCUUUACAUACGAUAUUGUGCUUAAUUUUAAAUGAGGACAAUUGUUGCCUAUAUUGUAGGCUGUGUAAUGAUUUUUAUUGUUUUAUCUUUUUAAAUGAAUUUACAGCGAGAGGAGCGUAAGUGGUAAAGCUUUAUUUCCGGUCAUAGCUCGGUGUCUGCUUCACCGUCACUGAGGCCCCCACAUGCCUGGGCCACCAAGGGCAGACACAACCAGAUUCAUUUUAUUGUCUUCUGGAAAUUCUUUAGGAUAGAGAGAAAUCCUAACUGUUAAAUAAGUGGUGCUGAGAAGUGGCCUUGUUUCUAUAGACCCAGGAUCAUUUAGAUUUCAUCCGCAGCAUCUCCUGGUGGUUUGCUGUCUGGUGGGCUUUUGUUCUCUGGGGUAUAUAGUUAAGCUAAUGCCCUUUCUACUAUAAUAAUAUGCAGCUUCUGGACUGCAGAGGGGCGGGGGUGUGAUCCAGGUUCUUACACCGUUGCUUGAAAUGAUGUAACAGUAAUUUAUUUAUAUUCUUACACAAAACAGCCCUGGCGUGUAAGUGGAGUUUCCUUUUGGGCAUUGUACAUAAAAAGAAAAACCCAAUCUUCUACCUCCUAAACAUAGUUAUUGGUGACCAUUGAUGUUUAAAGAGAACGCCAUUCUAUCUACAGGAACUGGGCUUCCAUUACUCACCAUGCACCAUGGCGGUAAUUAAUUAGCUGUAGUUAACCUAAAUUAUGGUGACGAUUGUCAGAUAUUGCAGAAUGUGACCAGCAUCUUGUCUAUGUAAUGAAUUACUGGUCUCUACUGUUACGUAGUUUUAGCGCAUUAUAAAAAGGAUUGACUGCUUCAGGGGUUAAGCUAUGUCUGGUAUUACAAGUGAGUCGAGCGAUACACAUCAUGUGACUCUAGUCCUGUAUUGUCACUUGUCAACAAGAGUCUUUAUGAACUGCAAACUGACUUCACUAGUGUUAAACAAAUACUAAAACCUUAAAGGGACACUGAACCUAAAUGUUUUUCUUUCGUGAUUCAGAUAGAGCAGCAACUUUCUAAUUUACUCCUAUUAUCAAUUUUCUUCAUUCUCUUGCUAUCUUUAUUUGAAAAUCAAGAAUGUAAGUUUAGAUGCCGGCCCAUUUUUGGUGAACAACCUGGGUUGUUCUUGCUGAUUGGUGGAUAAAUUCACCCACCCAUAAACAAGUGCUGUCCAGGGUCCUAAACAAAAAAAUUAAUGGCUCCUUAGCUUAGAUGCCUUCUUUUUCAAAUAAAGAGAACAAAGAAAAUGUGAUAAUAGGAGUAAAUUAGAACGUUGCUUAAAAUUGCUGCUCUGUCUGAAUCACGAAAGAAUAAAAUUGGGUUCAGUGUCCCUUUAAGGCCCAAAGGAGCGGUGCUGGUGUUGUCUGCCCUCGCACGACCUGUAUCCUAUCCCAAAUAGUGUACCUGGCCCAGCCGGGGACUGUAAAGGACUUUACAACAUGCAGUGUUAGUCACGGUCUAUAAUACACUGGUACAGCAUGAUCUAGGUGAGCUUCCUCUUUUGUCUUGUAACCCAGACAGAUACACAAGCCCUAUUGUCACCCUCGUGUGAGGCGAAUAGCUAUGGUUCUUGUGAUCGGGGUCACUAAACUCACAUUUUGUUUUUAUGAGAGCAGCAACUUUCUAAUUUACUUCUAUUAUCAUUUUUUCUUCGUUCUCUUGCUACCUUUAUUUAAAAAGCAGGAAAGUGAUGUAUAGGAGCCGGCCAUUUUUGGUUGAGAACCUGGGUUAUGCUUGCUUAUUGGUGGGUAAAUGUCAGCCUCCAAUAAGCGAGCGCUAUCCAUGGGCUGGCUGCUAAGAUUUACAUUCCUGCUUUUAAAAUAUAGCAAGAGAAUGAAGAAAAAUUGACAAUAGGAGUAAAUUAGAAAGUUGCUUAAAAUGUCAGCUCUGUUUGAAUCGUGAAAGAAAAAAAAUGUGGGUUCAGUGUCCCUUUAACAGUACAGAUGAGCUGUCUAUAUAUUAUGUAGCUUUCAUGAGGCUGCUGCUCCCAGUGUUUAGUAAAUAUAAAGUAUGAGCUGAGGUUGCUGUGAGUUUGUCUGUUCGGCCUUAUACAAUGAGCAGAACAGCCGCCUAUAACACCAGACCCUUUCUGGCGCCUUGUGGAAGCAUUGCACCAUGGGAUGGCUGUUCAUUCACUCCUCUGCAGGGAAUGUAAAGUUUUAUCAUGAGAAUAAAUUAUUUUUUUACCAA